UGCCGCAUGGCCCGCCUUUCCAACGUCUCCUGUUACCAUGGCAACAGGGCAAUUAUAACAGCAUCGCCUAACACCUGCACAGCCUCAUAGCAAAGGUGCAACAAUAGCCUGAAACGCCUGGAGGGGGAGAGGGUUAACUAACUGGUUUGCUGGCAUGCCAGGCAUGGCAAUUAGAGGUGACGUAGGAGCAAGUGGAGACAAUAGCCGCUGAAGGUGGGAAUCCUGAGGUGAGACCCACUUCCGGAAGUAUCUAGGACAAAACGUCAGGACGACACUAUCAAAUGUAUCCUGUGGGCUGGGUAAAUUCCCCGUAGAAGAGGAGGAAACAACGUCAGCGACUGACGUAGCCUGCCGGCACAUUUGGACAGCUGGAGACGGAGGUAUUUAAACAGGGUGAUAGCCAGACGACUGACCAGUCUUCACCGACCGCCGCUAAAGCCAAGACCACACACACCAUGCGUCUCCAAAGUGUCUGGAAUGUCCUGCUAGCUGUUGGAUACUGGUGCCUUAUCCAUGUGGCCAAGGCACAGAUUCAAACAGAAGAAGAGGAGCUUGAGAGUUCAACAGAGCCGUCAUCCCUAGGAGUCAUGACUACAAAUAUGCCAGAUGACCAGUACAGUACUCAGGUCCUAUGUCCUGCUAACUAUGACGGGUUCUGUUUAAAUGGAGGCACGUGCUUGCAAGUGCAGGUUGGACAUAACCAGAGAACGCCAAGAUGUCAGUGCACACACGAAUAUGUUGGACGUCGCUGUGAAAGAUAUAACCCAGUCUAUAUGGACUCCCAGGGUAGUAAGCCAGAGGACAAGAACUAUGUGAUUGUUGGAGCUGUGUGUGGUGCCGUCAUCUUACUUGCCUUGGUUGGAAUCAUCUGUAUCCUUGUAAGGAAAACACAAAGCCAGGAUAACAGCCCUGAACCCCUUGUGACUAGAGAGGCCCUAGUCUAACCCAGCUUCCUUCUGCCUUCCUGCAGUUGGAAACGGGAUCGCCAGGCCAGAAGAAACUCCACAGAUGCAGAGAAGAACAGACAGGAAAAUGGCCACCUAACUGAGGGUGACUACUGAUGACUUCAGAGUUCAAAUACAUGUAAGAAGAAUCAGAACUCUGAUGGUUGUCAAACCUUGUAAAUUGCUAAAUUUUUCACCUACAUAUUAUUUCUAAUCAAUAUGUAUUGAAGAUGUCCUUACCUGGGGCAGUAUUGUGGUACAAAACAGUAUGCAUGCAGAAACUAAAGGCCAAAAGACAGAUACAGGCAAAACCAUGGGAUGUGGAUAGGUCGGGCUGGGUUUUGGUUAAGCAGGAACCAACAUGGUGCAAGUGCAUUUGUCGACAAUGUCCUAAAACUUCUUUAUGAUACCACAUGCAUGUUAAGAACAUAGAAGACCACACAAAUGCAUGUAUAGAGGCAGAUGUUCUGAAGGAUUAUGGCCUGUUGAUUACACUUUUUUUACAUACAGUCUGGAGCUAUAUAACACAUGUAUUUAAUAUGUAAAUAUGAAAAUAGUGUACUGUGUCACAAUUAGAAAUAGGCUGAUGGAGGAAUGCAGACAAUGCCUUCUGUGCAAGGCAGACUGGCCAAUAGUAUAUAAAAUUAUAGAGUCUCUAACAGUACACAUUGAAUAUGUGAGCAUGUGGCAGUAGAUGUUUCUGUCUUAGGUGCCAUUGAUGCUGCCUGAUUAGUAGCUACACGUCAAUCCAAAAAAUUAGUAAAAUUGGCUCAGCUAUCCACAUACAAUUCAGCUUGCUCCAGGUCAAAAUUAGAAACAAUCUUGUAGAAGUGUGUUGUUUGCAUGCAUGUCAGAUUCAAAGGAUUAAUGUAGGCACAACAAAUGUUGUGUAACUGUCAGCCUGACAGUGUACAAUUUCUUUGUAUGUACUCUAGGCAUGACAAUAGGCUUUGUGACAAUGUCACCAACAAAUUAUUGUAAACUAAUGUGGGAUGAAUUCAAGUAGAAAAAUAAAGCAAAAAAGAUAAUUAGACACAUAUGAGUUAAUUGUUUCUCUUAUUUACCCCAGUAGCAAGGUUCUUCAUGAACCACAACAUGCUUUAAUUUUUAAACCUCUGGACAGGACUCAACAAAC